UAGCAAGCCUGUAGUUAAACUGUGUAGUGAAGACGAAAACGUUUUGUAUUUGCAUGCAAAUGCUGGUAGCUAUAAAGCUGUAGGAAAUAUCAAUGCCGCAGCACGUAGAAAGUUAAUUUAUUUAAGAACAAUGUUAAUCAUACAGAAGGCACUGAACCGUAGCUUUUCAAUAUCAAGUACGUUAUAUUAUAGGUUUAUAUGCCUUGGUAUUUGCCAUGGUCACAAAUAUAUGCAUUCAUCCUCUACAGAAUUUAAAAUAAAUUAUGACCUGCUGCCCUGUUCAAAGGAUUAUGGUUCAUUUCAGUUUACUAAUGGCAUUCAACAUAAAACUGAACCAGUAAAACUGUAUUCCACCAGCCAGAGAAUGUCUACAGUACAGCUGGCACACUGGCAUCAGUUGGAUUUAUCAGAUAUACUUAACAAAUAUAAAGCAAGAAUUGAGCUGCCUGUUGCUUCCACUGUAAAUAGUUUCAAACUGCCACCUGUUAGAGACAUUAUUAUAACACAUUAUGAUCCAAAACAUAUUAUUGAAGCUCCUACAAAGGGUGGGUUGGUUGAGAAACAAGCAGCAAGAUUAAUUGUAAUAAGACGUCGCAAAAUGAAGAAGCACAAGUUGAAAAAGCUAAGAAAAAAAAUGAAAUUCGAAUGGGCAAAAGUUCGUCAACGCCGGGAGUUAAGGAAGGAAAAAGCGUUCCAAGCACAACUGAUUGCUCAGAUCAAAGAAGCUGAGAAAUUUGAUGCUGAGAAAUAUGUUGCAGAAAGACUGCAUGAGGCUCAUAAGGUUCCACUUCCAAGAACGUGGAGAGGAAAACGGCUUCCAUUCUUCAUUAUCAAGGAAAAAUUAGGAAUUAAAUAGCUCAGAUAAUCCUGUAAAGUGUUUUCAGUGUAUAUACAAUUUUGCGUAAGAUUAAAUUUGUAUAAGAAACUGAUUUGUUACUGUCUCUGGUUUUUCCUUUCAUUAAUUGCAUUUUCAGAAAGUUUGUGUGUAUAAGAUAGAUGCCUUAUGCAUCAUUGCUGAAAAUUAAUCAGCAGUUGUCUGACAUUCAUAGUUAGUUGUGUGUUGAUAAAAGUAUAUACAGCAUUUAUUCUAGUGAUGUUUCAUUUUCACAGUUUACAUGAACCUGUAAAUUUCUCGUCUUUUCUGUCUGCCCAUUCUACCAGCUCUUGAUGAAAUAUUAAUUCUCCAGUCUGAAUUUUCUGUAAAAAUGAAAUUACUUUCUUUGUAUAAUUUCCAUAACAUCUAGUAAUCUCAAGCAACUUGAACAAAAGUGGCAGAAGAGAUUUCUUUACUAAUGACAUUCUCAGCACACACAGCCAAUGUUUCUGAAUGAAAUGACUCUCAUGUACAAAGCAUGGAAAGAGUCUUAUUAAUGUCAUGGCCCAGAUUAAAUUUGUUCUUUAUAAAUGUACAUCUGCUAUGCAGCAAAUUUUGUGUGUUAUAAUUAAAAUAAAAUCAUGUACACAUUAAGCAUGUAGUUGAUGUAAUAAAGUAAUAUUAAAUAAUUAAAAUGUAAUAGUCUGCAUUAUCAUAUAAUGUUAAUACUUUAAAAUAUGGUGAAUUCCUAUGCAUAUAUCAUUUAGGUAUGAAGCAAUAAUGGUUUUUUAUGGCAGUCUUAAGUUUCUGAACUCCAUUACAACUUAGUUGUGUCAUUUGUACUGGCAGAUCCUAAUGGAAUAUAAUAGAACUUAUUUAGAUAAAAUA